AUGAUGUACGAUUACGAGAAAAAUAAAGAAGAACACCCAGAACCAAUAAAGGCCGAAAUUAAAGGGUCUCUCCCUGGAUGGCUGCAAGGUACGCUGAUUCGUAAUGGACCUGGCCUCUUUUCAUUGGGAGACACGUCUUACAAUCAUUGGUUUGAUGGGCUGGCGCUUUUGCACAGCUUCACAUUUAAAGACGGGGAGGUGACUUACAGGAGCAGGUAUCUAAGAGGAGAUACCUAUAACAGCAAUAUGCAGGCUGGAAGAAUUGUUGUGUCAGAGAUGGGAACAAUGGCCUUUCCAGAUCCCCGCAAAAAUAUAUUCAACAAAGUGAUCACCUUUCUCAAUCACACUAUUCCGGACUUUACAGACAACUGUGGGAACAAUAUAGUGCGAUAUGGGAAAGACUACUAUGCUACAUCAGAAACCAACUACAUUCGCAAAAUCGAUCCAUUUACUUUGGAAACCAAAGAGAAGGUGGACUACCAGAAAUACCAUGCCCUGAACCUGGUGACUUCACAUCCACAUUAUGAUAAAGAGGGAAACAGCUACAACCUAGGGACUUCAAUAGCAGAGAAGGGCAAGACAAAAUACACACUAUUCAAGGUCCCAUCACCUGAAGAGUGUUCUGAGCUGCCUGUAGCCCUUAAGAAACUGGAGGUCAUUUGCUCAGUGUCCUGCCGCUCUCUCCUGACCCCAAGCUAUUACCACAGUUUUGGGAUGACUGAGAACUACUUCAUCUUUAUUGAGCAGCCUCUUAAACUUGACAUUCUCAAAAUGGCCACUGCUUACUUGAGGGGAGUCAGCUGGGCCAGCUGUUUGAAGUUUCAACCUGAAGAAAACACUCUGAUUCAUGUCAUCGACAGAAAAACACAAAAAGAAGUCGCAACAAAGUUCUACACAAAUGCAAUGGUAGUAUACCAUCACGUGAAUGCAUUUGAGGAGGAUGGUCAUUUGGUAUUUGAUGUCGUUGCCUACAAUGACAACAGUCUGUAUGACAUGUUCUUCUUGGAGACGCUGAAGCAGCAAAAAGAGUCUGGGAACAGCAGUACCUACUGCAGGCCAAAGUAUAAAAGAUUUGCACUGCCUCUUACAGACAAGGGUGGUGAGACUGGAGAAGACUUGGUCAAACUGAAAUAUACAACAGCUAGUGCUGUGAAGGAAAAGGAUGGAAAAAUCCACUGCCAGCCUGAAGUACUCUGUGAAGGAGUGGAACUUCCUAGAAUUAAUUACGAUUUCAAUGGACAGAAGCACAGAUAUGCUUACAUGACUGGUGUGGAGAUGUCGUCAGUGGCUACAAAGAUCAUGAAGUUUGAUGUUGAGACGAAGAAACAAACCGAGUGGAGGGGCGAAAACUGCUGGCCAUCCGAGCCAGUCUUCAUUCCCACACCAGAUGGUGUCGAGGAGGAUGAUGGUGUCAUUCUCACGUCAGUUAUAAACUCCAACCCAGGAGAAAGUGACUUUCUUCUCGUACUUGAUGCAAAGUCUUUCACAGAGAUUGCUCGUGCUUAUGUUAAGGCAGAGCUUCACAUGGACAUGCAUGGGUACUUCAUACCCCACUGCAAGUAA